CGGGGCAAGCGGCUGGGAAGCGGCGCGGGGGCUCUGAGGUGUGAUUGGCAUGUGCUGAAGCCUUUUUGCCUGUGAGUUGGUUAUAUGAGAGCUAUUUCAAAUGGCAUCAGAAGGACAAAGCCAGGAAAGAGAGGAUCCAUCUGAGGAUCUUACAACCCAUUUCCGGGGCAACAGAACCUCACACUGGGGAGCCAUCCUCUCUGCAGUGAAAGACCAAAUCCCAUCUCUGGACUCUGACACCUCCGCGUCUGAUUGUGAUGAAGAUGGGGAGCUGUUCAUCUUCCAGCGAGAUCUACCCAAUCUGAUUCCUGACUUGUCGGAAGAACUGACAGAUCUUUCUCCAGGAGACCCAGACAUGCAGCAAAUAUUAGAAUCUGUGGGACACUCCAGAGAGACCUGGAAUGGAGACCUAGAAAGUUCAGUUCUUCGGAAAGAAAUGGAUGUUACCCAAGCUGUGCGAAGAGAAAAUGUGCGAGCAGUAAGAGAUCAGACACCUGCUUUUGCUAACCUGACUGAAGAAACUUCAAGCCAACAGAGAGCAGUCCUUGCAGAUCCUACAGAUCAAACUGUCAGAGGGAAAGAACUGGGCAAGGAAAAAGACAGGGAAACAGAAGGCUUUUGGAUUAAUAAAGUACUGUCUAUGAAAGAGCCAUAUUUUGUAGAUGCAAACAACAGUCAAGAGAGACGAAAGAUGAUAGAAACAAAAAUACUCUCAAAGGUGACCUUAGAGGCACCGUCUGGAGAUGGAGGCAAUUCAGAGCUAAAAACAAAAUCACCAUUGGACACUAUCAGUGACAAUCUAGAAAGAAUCACUCAAGCAGAAAAUGAGCAAGGAGCCACUUCAGCUGAACACCCUCAAGGGCUGAUGCUCUUUUCAUUGCAGGAUAUCGAGAAGUGGGAUCUAGACAAGAUUCUUGAGGACCUGGAGGAGCAGAAAGACAGUAGAACUCACUCAGAGGAGCCUGCUCUUCCUUCAAAGGAUCAUAAGGCCUUGAUUGCUAGAUCUCAAAGUAGGCUCAUGGAAAAGCUAGAAGAGUUGUGUGCCAAGCAAUCCAAGGCAUUGUCUCCACGCCACAGGAAGCCAUUGGCCACACUUGCUCACUUUCAAGAACACCAAGGAGAUCAGAAAAAAGUUGUCUUCCCGCCACCUCCCUGGAGCUGUCAAAGUAUGGACAUGCCAGAACUGCAGUGUACAGCAGAGCCCCCAACAGUGUACAUUGAUUUACGGGAUGCUAAACCACACAAAUCAGUGUUACCAUCCAUUGAAAAUCAAAGCUUGAAUGACAGCUCUACUGAAGAUGAGGAGGAUACAACAGUUAAGGAUGAACAGAAAACACAGGAGAGAAUGCAAGAUUCUUCCCAAGGACCAUGGGAUUGCACUGGGAAAAGCCUGCUGUUGCAGCAACUCCGUAACUUCCGUAAAGAAGCAUCUCAGCCUCUUGCUAACGAGGCCUCUAAGCAGGUGCUAAGAGAUGAAGGAGUGAGCCAGGAUCUUGAGAGCCCAGAAGAGAUGGGCACCCUGAAAAUCAGGAGAAAACGCUAUCUAAGAGUGAGAGGGGAAGCAAAUAAGGUGACUUCCAGGUGGCUGGUGCACUCAGACUCACAGAGGGGAAAUCCUCCCUUGCCAAACCAUGUGAAACAUAGAGCUGAUCCUUCAAGGGAAAACCAGAAAGAGACUGAAGACACUCUGCAUUCAGGAAGUGCUCCAGAGCCCCCUCUAAAUAAAGCAGCAGAAUCCCCAAGGGCAGAAGAAAGCCUGAGAGAGCUGUCCCUAAAGAAAAAGCAGAUGAAAGAGAAGCACAGGAGGCAGAGACUCCAGGAGCAGCUGGAGCGAUUGCAGCCUCAACACUCAGUCACUGGAAAGCAGCCUAUGGCAGAGAAAACUCCUGUUUUGUUUCACCUGGAAGCGUCUUAUUUGCCAGCUAUUAACACGUUGCCUAGUGCAGACAGCGCUAACGGUGAGAAGCUUCUCAUGACGAUUUGGCUCGCCAGUUGUGGACAGGUAGCCAUGUGUGGUCAGCACAGUGGACGCUUCCCAGACACUGUCUUGACAGCAGCCAGCAUCUACCAGGCUCUUGUUACCUGGCUUCUCUCCCUGGUACCUCCCUCAAAAGUGAAAGGUGGGCUCAAAGCCCCGUUUCAGGUGUUGGGUCUGCAGCAGGUCUGGCGAGAGGAUGGGCUGGCACUCUACGCUUGCCUAAUUCCAACAGAGGAAUCUCUGGCACAGAACAGCACCAAGAUCCGGAAGCAUAAAGCUAAGGAAGCUCUUCGAGGAACAACCAUUUUUUACCAGCAGAUGUCUGCGUACCUCUCCCAUACAUGGCUUCCAAAUGUUAUCUGGUGGAGCAGAGAACUGACCAGUCGCCUCCAGAACCAGCUAUACCCACUCCUUCCAGAGAUUCCCGCUGUACGGCUCAACUGCAUCACCACUAUUAACCCUGACCCUAAGGCAGUGGAGAAAGCAUUUGCAAUGCCAGCUGGGUUCUACUGGCAGACAGUAGAGACUGAUGAAAAAUACUUCCCUGACAGUAGUGACAUUGGGGCCAGUACAGAUAUAGACACUGAGGUUGCUGUGACGUUGCUCUUUGAAACCCUACUCCGAACUCCUUUGGCUGUCCAUCACAUGUUACAGCUGAUCCUGAGCUCUGGUUUGGAUAUCUGUGGGCUCCGCCUGCUCUAUCCCCAGCACAGCAUGCUGCUCGCUAGCACAGACAAGCUGCCUUCUACUUAUGAUCCAGAGGCUGGCAAGGCUCCACCUGUGCUGGCUUUAGGCUUGAGAGGGCCGAAAGCAGGUAGUGCCUUACAAGAUAUCAUAGGGCCCUCGGAUCCACAGCUGGCCAGCAUGACAGACUGCGGCUCCAUCAAUGCCAUCUACUGCAGGAGCCAAGCCGAGCCCCUCGCAUACCUGCCCCAUACAGACAGCCGUGUGCACAGGGAGCUGUGCCUCUUGUUCGGAGGGAGAGCAUGCUGUGAUGAAGUGCUUCAUGUUGGUGUCCAGAAUCCUGCCUGCAAAUAUAACAAAUCAAGACCUCAGAGUCCUUCAUUUAACAGAGCAAAUGCUGACCAAGAGAGGGCUGAUCUGCAGGACAUGGCACUGUCCAGACCUCCGGCAACACUGGUCUCGACCACCAAAGGGGAUGUCAUUUUGGUCGUGUCACCUGCUGUGCCUCCUCAUGCAUAUGGGGAUGUGAUUUCAACCUGUACUCAGAGAGGCUUUACUCUGCAGGGAAUCAAGCAGCUGCGACUUUCUCCCAAGCGAGCCAUCAUGCUUAGCAUGACAACAAGUCAGAUGGCUGUAUUUUGCCCUAACAAGACUUCAAGUCUCCCUGAUGGGAGAUCCUCAAGAGAAGAACUUCCUGCUGAGCCACGCUUGCACUGUCUGAUUUUACUACUGAGAAAGGAGAAUGCUGGCCAUCAUGUUCCUGCAUUGGUGAAAGGGCUGAUGAAAGAAAUGGCAGAACGAGGCCUCCUUGGGGAGGUACGAAGCAACUUGCCUCCCAGUGCUGAACUGGAACCUGCAUUGUGUAUUCACGUGGCUCCCUAUACUGACAGCUUGUUGCAGACACUGGGAGGCAAUCUCAGUGCAGUGCCAGACUCAUGUAAUGUUCCUCUGGAUCUUUUAUGCCACCGAACCUACGCCUUGGAUCCUGAAAUGGAACAAGUUGUCAUCCUGACACUGAUUGGAAAGGAAGCCAUGAAGAGUGCUGGUCAUCUUCUUUGCCAAAUCCUUCACCCUGGCUUCCUGAAGCAAGCUCAAAACCCAGAAGGACUUGACCCAGGGUUUGAGCUUCUGAGCCUCAAGUGGUUGCCCCAGCUCACUCGGAGUCAGGCCAAAGAAGUAACCCCUUUCGAGGUGGGAGAUACCUCCUGGCAAAGAAGCAUCAAUAUGCUGAUGUCCAGCCCAGCCCUCAUCUGUGCUCUGCGGAGGGUCAAUGCCUUUGGGGUUCUUGCUGAGAUGCUGAAGAAGCUGACGCUGCUGGGAGACAAGCCAAGCACUAACACUAGUGACCUUCAGAGAGUGAUGGCCUUGACCCCAGAGAUGGCCUUCAGGCAGGCAGUCCUCUUCUUCACCGAGAAAGAGUUCAUAUCUGAUUGCAAACGUCGCCCUGCUAUGAAGUACCUGCCACCAUAUGGCAGAAGUUCCAGGGCUGAAGGGGGAGAGACUCGGAGAGGCCACGCAGAGUCAUUGUUCACCUACAUGCAAGCAGGAGCCCAGCUUCUAUGUACUGUCUUGCUGAUCAAACCUGGUGUCUGGGCUCGUAGCCUUGCUAGAAUCCUCCGAAAACUAGACCUAGAAAAAUUCAGCCUUGUUGGGAUGAAACACAUAAGCCUGAAACCAGACAUUGUCUUAGGAUUCCUCUCAUCUGAAGCUAAACAGGAGCCUUCAAUUUUAGAAGCUCACUGCAGCUACCUCACCUCUGGUUCCUCCCUUGUAUUGUGCCUGCAGAGAGAGAAUGCUGUAAAGAAACUGGUAGAUUUAUUGGGCCCAGAGGACCCUGUGCUGGCUCAAACACUAGACCCAUGCCUUUGGAGGGCUCAGUAUGGUGCCAGCUCAAUACAAAAUGGAUUUUACGGCUCCAGAUCCUAUCACGCUGCUGUCCGAGAUACAAAGUUGUUUUUUCCAGAAGGGCUGUGCUGUGCCGAUUGGCAGGUGCUAAAGGAAGAAGAGAUUUGUAACAUGAAAUGUGACCCGAUAGUCAGAACGGAAAUCAGCAAGCGGCGCAGGAUUGUAAAACAUGAAACAAGAAGGCAACUCAAUUUCCUGGGCUCCGAGCAGCAGCGUAGUCUAGACCUGCCAUUGCUUGAUACACUCUGCCAAACCACUUGCCUGAUACUUCCCGGGAUAAUCCUUCAGGGUUCAGAGCACCCGCCUUACCUUGGACUGCUAGACCAGCUGGUUGGCAGAGAUUUCAGAGUGACAGGGCUACGGCUCACCGUGCUGGACAAAUCACAGGCUCGCCUCAUCUCUGAGACUCUGAGCACUGAGGGGUGCAACAUUUCAACAAUGCAUUCCCUAUUGGACGGGGCAUGUCUGGUGGUCGCAGCACAGCGAGACAAUGCCGUUAUUUGCUUUGACUCCCUGCUGGACAGUGGCCGCUGGCAGAAGCAGGCUGUGCUGAACUGCAUGCAGCAUCUUCUGUAUCCCCAAACGGAGAAACAGGCUGAAGAGCUCCUUUGUUGCCUUUUUGACUCCUUAACAACUGACAGCUUCUACCGCAUCGAAACCCAGGAUUCCUAGCCAGGAUUUUCUGUUCUCCUGACCAGCCCAAAUGCAAAUCCCAUCACGGGUAUCAGCACAGGUGCACGCCCUCAGGACUCCACUGGUAGAACAGCCUUGUAACCAUUUGUUAUUAAAAUGUCAAGCCCAGAGUGUGGUAUUUGCAUCACUAAAUUGAAGUAGGGGGUGAUCAGAGAAAUAAUCAGUCAACACAGGAGCUGUGGUUUCGAGGGCUUUGAUUUGAAAGGGAACUUGUCUGUGCAGCACAAAGAAAAUUACAGAGCAUUCCUCCAUCUGGAGAACACUUUGGAGGCAGAGCACAUGCAAAGAGUAGAACUUUCUCUGUGCUUGUUAUUCUGUCUAUUCCCCGGGAGCCAUUUGAAUGGGUACAUGGGACCCAUCUUAUUCUCCCCAAAGGAAACUGGGAGAAGACUCUGUUUUUGCUAAUCACCAGCUUGUCCCUUGUGGAAGGGCCUGCUGCUUUCUUGUCUGGGUCGAAGGUCAGCUGCAGGCAGGGGAGAUGGGCUAUGGCAAGAAUAGGGAGGAAUCAGCCUUAUACUGCAGCAAAAUUAAACAUUUGAGGCCCUCUCAUAAUUACUCUGAAUGUCUGAAGAUUCCCAUAGGGCUAUUUUAGUCACUUGGGGUAAGGGUUACGAUGCAUUCCUGCUCCCAUUGAAGCAAUGAGAAUUAGACCAAGAGGAGUAUGAUCAACUGCUAUCCUCAGCUGUCUUU